CCAUUUUGUCCAGUGCGAAGAAGUAAGAGCGGCAGCGAAAUCGAGUCUUGGCGGGAAAGCGAGAGACACCGAUCGAACUUAGGUUGCUGAGGGACGAAGUAAAGGAGGCGGCGAAGGAGAGAGAGUAGUAGUAUUUAUCGAGAGUCCUUCGCACUCCUGGUCCCGGAAGCCGAGAUGCAUCGUGAUUCGUGUCCACUGGACUGCAAGGUUUAUGUAGGUAACCUUGGGAACAAUGGCAACAAAACUGAAUUGGAACGAGCUUUUGGCUAUUAUGGACCACUGCGUAGUGUGUGGGUUGCUAGAAAUCCCCCUGGUUUUGCUUUCGUUGAAUUUGAAGACCCACGUGAUGCUGCUGAUGCAGUGAGAGAACUAGAUGGGAGAACACUUUGUGGGUGUCGUGUCAGGGUGGAACUGUCCAAUGGUGAAAAACGUAGUCGGAACCGUGGUCCACCUCCCUCAUGGGGUAGACGUCCUCGAGAUGAUUAUCGCAGGAGAAGUCCUCCACCUCGUCGCAGAUCUCCACGAAGGAGAAGCUUCUCUCGUAGCCGCAGCAGGUCCCUUUCUAGAGAUAGAAGGAGAGAGAGAUCAUUGUCAAGGGAGAGAAAUCAUAAGCCUUCUCGUUCAUUUUCUAGAUCUCGUAGCCGUUCCAGGUCAAAUGACAGGAAAUAAGACCUUCUGGAAGAGCAAUGUACAGGAAGUCACACUAGAUCUGAAGAAAGGAGUAUGUACAGAACAUUGUUUUCUUUAAGACUUCAUAAGCUUGGUGCAUUUUUAAGAUGUUUUAGCUGUCAAAUUUUGUUUUCCUUGUCUCUUGUAACAGGUGACAAAUGUAACAGUUGUGAAUCUGUAUAUGGUUCUGAGCAGGUCAUAUGAAGUGUAAUAAACCCGUUGCUUUACAGUGUACCCUUAAGCAUAACUUUGAUUUGCUUUAGUGUUAGCCAAUUACCUUGCAUAGACUUACCAAAUAAAACCUCAAAAGCCAUGCAGUGGCAAAUGUUCUUAGUCUUUUUGAGUUGUUUUGGAAUCUUUUCAGGAUCUAAACUUGAAAGGAAGUUCUCAGCACUCAAGGACUAUUAAUCAUGAGCAUUUGCUGCAAUCACAAAUGGGCAAUCUGUGCAGGGUGAGACCUGGAAGUUUAAUUAGCUGGUCAGAAUAGUGGAAAGAAUAGAAAUAUUAGAAAGGGACUGUGAAAGCCUUAUAGGUAGACUUCUUUUCUAAAACUGUUGAAGUUCUGAUUUAUACCAGCUUAGUCAGAACUACCUUUUAUUGUGUAAAAUGUAGAUUGAGUUUUGUACCUUUUUGUCUAGAGUGCUACCUAAACUGCAAAAAUACAAGCUGCCUAACAAUUUUCACUAUUGAGCAGACCAAAAUAAGGACCCAUAGCUGGGUAAAUAUGGAUGCAUAAGGGUACAUUGUAAUUGCAAAAUGUCCUUAUUGUGCAUAAAUUGUCAUGUCACUGUAAACUCUUGGAGCUCUUUGGAUUAAAGUUUUGGUUACAAAUCGUU